CACCAUGCACCCAAGGUAUAUCCCAUCCUUCUUUCUUCUAUUCCAAACUCCCGAGAAAUUCCAUUUUCCGGCGGAUUCCUGACUUUCCGGCGAUGGCGAUUCACCAGAUUGCGUUCGGGGACUACCAAGAGCUCCGCCACGCCGGCAACCUCAAGGCUGCCCUGGCGGAGUUCAUCUCCACCGUCAUAUUCGUGUUCGCCGGCCAGGGGUCCGGCAUGGCGUUCAACAAGAUUUCUCACGACAGCCCCACCACUGCCUCCGGCCUCAUCGCCGCCUCCCUCUCCCACACCUUCGCCCUUAUCGUCGCCAUCUCCGUCGCCGCCAACGUCUCCGGCGGCCACGUCAACCCCGCCGUGACCUUUGGCGCCUUCAUCGGCGGCAACAUCACUUUCUUCCGUGGCAUCCUCUACGUCAUUGCUCAGCUCCUCGGCUCCACCGCCGCUUGCUUCCUCCUCAAGUUCGUCACCGGCGGCCUGCCGACGGGGACAUUCGGGCUGGCCGGAAUAUCGGUAUGGAGCGCCCUGGUGCUGGAGAUCGUGAUGACGUUCGGCCUCGUUUACACCGUCUACGCGGUGGCGAUCGACCCGAAGAAGGGGGACAUCGGGACGCUGGCGCCGAUCGUCAUCGGCGCCCUGGUCGGAGCCAACAUUCUCAUCGGCGGCGCCUUCGACGGAGCAUCCAUGAACCCCGCAGUGGCAUUCGGGCCUGCUCUGGUGAGCUGGACUUGGGGCUCCCACUGGGUGUACUGGGCCGGGCCCAUCAUCGGCGGCGGGCUCGCCGGCGUCGUGUACGAGCUCUUCUUCAUUUCCCACCACACCCACGAGCCGUUGCCACGUGGAGAGUUUUAAGGCGUUCUUUGAUGAUCCCUCGCCGUACGACGUCGUUUCUCGGAUCGACCUCUGUUCUCUCUUGAUUUAAUUUAAUUUUAAUUUAAUUUUCUUCUGUGUGUAUGCGCUGCUGCUGUGUCCCAUGGAGUUUUAUUGUGUGUUGAGUGUAUCUUGUAAUUUCUUGGAAUUUUUUUUUAAUUUCGUGAUGAAUUUGGAGUUAUUUUCCUAAUGAAUUCUGUGAAUAUUUUAUUCUUCGUGACUUUUUAUCUUCUAAAAAUUAUUUUGAAAUCAAUAUAUUUGAAUGUCCUAAUUUGGAACAAAAUAUUGACUGAAAU